UUCGCUUACAUUUGGAGUUCAUUUAGCACACUCGUUCGAAAGCCCCGACCCCCGAGAGCGAGAGACGGAAGGAAGCCCUCUUUCUUUGCUGAACCUCUGGACACGAACCACAUGAGCGAAGAGCUCGUAGAGCCCUCCAGCGACGCCGUUUGCUAGACCGAAGAAUGGCUCAGAAGCUUCAGCAGCAGCUCAGGGAGGUCGGAUCCAAGCUUGAGACCCCUCCCUCCACCAAAGACGCUCUCGUCAAGCUCUUGAAGCAAGCUACAACAUGUCUCUCUGAGUUGGAUCAAUCACCAUCGGCUUCAAUCUUGGAGUCGAUGCAGCCUUUUCUUAAUGCAAUUGUCAAGCCAGAAUUGCUGAAGCACCAAGAUAGGGAUGUCAAGCUUCUUGUUGCGACAUGUAUUUGUGAGAUCACUCGUAUUACUGCACCUGAAGCCCCUUACAGUGAUGAUGUUCUAAAGGAUAUCUUUUGCUUGAUUGUAAGCACAUUUAGUGGGUUAAGUGAUACGAAGGGUCCAUCAUUUGGUAGGAGAGUUGUCAUUUUGGAGACUCUUGCAAAAUAUAGGUCAUGUGUGGUAAUGUUGGAUCUUGAAUGUGACGAUCUGGUGAAUGAAAUGAUUAGUACAUUUUUUGCUGUUGCCAGUGAUGAUCAUCCAGAAAGUGUUCUGUCAUCAAUGCAGACAAUCAUGGUCGUUCUUUUAGAAGAGAGUGAGGAUGUCAGGGAGGAUCUAUUAUUUGUUAUAUUGUCCAUAUUGGGUCGUAAUAAAAGUGAUGUUACUAUGGCUGCAAGGAGGCUUGCGAUGAAUGUUAUAGAGCACUGUGCAGGAAAACUUGAAGCUGGCAUAAAGCAGUUCCUUAUAUCAUCAAUGUCAGGAGAUAACAGGUCGGUGAAUAGUCAAAUUGACUACCAUGAAGUUAUUUAUGACAUAUAUCGCUGUGCUCCUCAGAUCCUGUUAGGAGUAGUCCCAUACCUCACAGGCGAACUACUGACUGAUCAGCUAGAUACUCGUUUAAAAGCUGUGAGGUUAGUUGGAGAUCUAUUUGCUCUGCCAGGAUCUGCUAUUUCUGAAGCCUUUCAGCCAAUCUUUUCAGAGUUUUUGAAGAGGUUGACUGACAGACUUGUUGAGGUUCGAAUGUGUGUCCUUGAACAUGUCAAGAGCUGUUUUCUGUCAAAUCCGUUAAGAGCUGAAACUCCUCAAAUAAUUUCUGCACUUUGUGACCGGUUGUUGGACUUUGAUGAAAAUGUUCGAAAACAAGUUGUUGCUGUAAUCUGCGAUGUGGCAUGCCAUGCUCUGGAUGCUAUUCCACUUGAAACUGUAAAACUUGUAGCUGAGCGCCUUCGGGACAAAUCUCUGCUUGUUAAAAAAUAUACCAUGGAGAGGUUGGCUGAGAUAAACAGGGUUUAUUGCGUGAAAUGCUCUGAUGGAUUGAUCAAUCCAGAUGAUUUUGAUUGGAUUCCGGGGAAGAUUUUGAGAUGUUUCUAUGACAAAGAUUUCAGAUCAGAUACAAUUGAAUCUGUUUUGUGUGGGUCCCUGUUCCCAAUUGAGUCCUCUGUUAAAGAUAAAGUUAAACAUUGGGUAAGAAUUUUCUCGGGAUUUGAUAAAGUUGAGGUGAAGGCCCUUGAGAAGAUACUGGAGCAGAAACAAAGGUUACAACAAGAGAUGCAGAGAUAUCUGUCUCUUAGGCAAAUGAAUCAGGAUGGUGAUGCUCCUGAGAUCCAAAAAAAGGUUCUUUUCUGCUUCCGAAUUAUGUCUCGCUCAUUUGCUGAUCCUGCAAAGGCCGAAGAGAAUUAUCAGAUUCUUGAUCAAUUGAAAGAUGCUAAUAUCUGGAAGAUUUUGACAAACCUUGUUGAUCCAAACACUGGCUUCCAUCAAGCUUGUACUUUCCGGGAUGAUUUGCUUAGGAUACUUGGCGAGAAACAUCGACUUUAUGAUUUUCUGAGCAAUCUCUCUGUCAAGUGUUCUUAUUUACUUUUCAACAAGGAGCACGUGAAAGAAAUACUUCUGGAGGCUGCCACACAUAAAUCUGCUGGAAAUACUCAAUACACUCAAUCUUGCAUGGAUAUACUAGUGCUUCUUGCUCGCUUCAGUCCAAUGCUGCUUGGUGGGGUUGAAGGGGAAUUAGUAAUUUUUCUUAAAGAUGAUGAUGAAAUAAUAAAAGAAGGUGUUUUGCAUGUUCUAGCAAAGGCUGGUGGUACAAUCCGAGAACAACUGGCCGUUUCAUCAAGUUCCAUAGACCUCGUAUUGGAGAGGCUAUGUUUAGAAGGCAGUCGAAGACAGGCCAAGUAUGCUGUACAUGCCCUGGCAGCCAUAACAAAGGAUGACGGACUCAAGUCACUUUCUGUUUUAUACAAGAGGCUCGUGGAUAUGUUGGAGGAGAAGACACAUUUACCUGCUGUUCUACAAUCUCUAGGGUGUAUAGCGGAGACCGCAAUGCCAGUUUUCGAAACCAGAGAGAGUGAAAUCGAAGAUUUCAUAAUGAACAAGAUUCUGAAGUGCAGUAAUAAAGCAGAAGAUGACACAAGUGCAUCUUGGGAUGACAGAAGUGAACUUUGUUUGUUGAAGAUAUUUGGCAUCAAGACAUUGGUUAAGAGCUAUUUGCCUGUUAAAGAUGCCCAUGUUCGUCCUGCCAUUGAUGGUCUUCUUGAUAUCCUUAGAAACGUACUUUCUUUUGGAGAGAUAUCAAAAGAUAUAGAAUCGAGUUUUGUUGAUAAGGCCCAUUUGAGGCUUGCUUCUGCCAAGGCGGUUCUUCGUCUGUCAAAGUACUGGGAUGAUAAGAUACCUGUUGAUAUCUUCCACUUAACCUUGAGGACUUCAGAGAUUAGUUUCCCUCAAGCUAAAAAACUGUUCCUAGGGAAAGUCCAUCAGUACAUAAAGGAUCGGCAUUUGGAUGGAAAAUAUGCUUGCGCAUUCUUAUUUAACAUCAUUGGAUCCGAGCAAUCAGAAUUUGAAGAGGAGAAACAAAACCUUGCCGACAUUAUUCAAAUGUAUCACCAAGCAAAGGCUCGACAGCUCUCUACACAAUCUGAUGGAAAUUCCUUGACAGCUUAUCCUGAAUACAUUCUCCCAUACUUGGUUCAUGCUCUUGCUCAGCAUUCAUGUCCUAAUAUUGAUGAAUGCAAGGAUGUCAAAGCAUUUGAACUAAUAUACAGGAAAUUGUACUUAAUUAUUUCUAUGCUGGUGCAUAGAGAUGAAGACACCAAAUCAGAAGCUAGUUCCAACAAGGAGAAGGAUAGGGAAAGUAUUUCCAUUAUUAGCUCUAUCUUUCAAAGUAUCAAGUGCUCUGAGGAUAUAGUUGAUACAGCAAAAUCAAAGAAUUCACAUGCUAUUUGUGACCUUGGGUUGUCAAUCACUAAGCGCCUAGCCCCAAAGGAGGAUGACUUACAAGGGUUGACUGCAUCGGUGCCUCUGCCCUCUGUGCUGUACAAAUUGUUUGAAAAGAAAGAAGGGGAUGACUCUGUGGCCCGUGAUGGGCAAACAUGGUUGGCUGAUGAGAACAUCUUGACUCACUUUGAAUCACUUAAGUUAGAAACUGAUGAAGAGGUUUUUACCGAAGUCGCUCAGGAUGAAGAACUGAAACAUGGCGAAAUAGAUGGAAAUGAAAUACCUCUAGGGAAAAUGAUGAAAUCCUUAAAAUCUCAGGGGACAAAGGCUAAAAAGGUGAAAAAGAAAAAGUCUUUACCAGCUGAAGCAAAAAAUGCUGAAAAUGAUGUUGACAUCCUGAAAAUGGUGAGGGAAAUAAAUUUUGAAAACAUGGGGAUGUCCAGUAAGUUUGAAUCGAGCAAUGGUCAUGAACAUUUUCCUAGUAAGAAAACAAAAAAGGAUCGAGAGGAUGAAAAAGGUAAGAAAAGAAAAGCUAGUGAUGCAACAUCCUUUCCAGUACCAAAACGCCCGAGGUCAUCAUCAACUCACAGUGCUUUCAGAUCACCAGCAAGUACUUCUAAGGCUACUUUAAGAGCUUCGGGGAAUGACUCACAUAAAGCAAGAAUUUCGUCAUUUCAAUCUGUUGAAACGGAUCCAGACAUUAGCUCUGAUACAAAAGACAAAAUAUCUAUGCGGAAGAAAAUGGUUGAAGGAUCAGAGUCAGACUUGUUGCUAUCUUGCAUUCGAAAGAAGACAAGCUUCUCGUCAAAGGAUAAGGGCAGAUACUCUGACCGAGGUCAUAAUGAUGAGGUAAAUGAAGUGGGAGAAGCCAGUGACCAUGACAUGGAGAAGCCUAAUGUGCUGACAGAGACUGAUAAGAUCAACACAAAUAGUAAUGUCAAGUCUCCCAUGGGGUCUAGCAGGAAGCGGAAAAGGAGAAGUAUCGCAGGAUUGGCAAAGUGCACAUCGAAGGCUGGUGGACGAGAUAUCGAAGACUUGAUUGGUUGCAGAAUAAAAGUUUGGUGGCCUAUGGAUAAGAAAUUUUAUCAAGGCACGGUUAAGUCUUAUGAUCCUCUGAAAGGGAAGCAUGUGGUGUUAUAUGAAGAUGGGGAUGUGGAAGUUCUUCGCUUAGAGAAGGAGCGCUGGGAGCUCAUUGACAAUGGUCGGAAGUCUUCAAAGAAGUUAAAUUCAUCAAACGGCCCCCCUUCAAAAGAAGUGUCACCUGGGAAGAAAAAAAAAAAUUCAAGUGGUUCGGUUUGGAAUAAGGAAUCAACUCAGAUUGUUAAAGGGAAAAGAACUCCAAAAAAAAAUUUAAAGCAUGGACGAAAGGGCGUAUCAAAAAGUGACUUGGGUGAAGCUGAAGACAGAGGGAAUUCUGACAUACCAAGUCCUGAACCCACCUCAGUGUCGAAAGCUGAUGAAUUGAACUCAGGUGAUUCUGAAGGGGAACAAGCUGAAAGACUGGAUGAGAACCUAACAGAUAAGGAGGAAUCUGAGAAGGAAGUUAAGUCAGUUUCAAAAAUAAAACAGUUGAAAGACACGGAGAAGAGCCUGCAUCAUACAGAUGAAUCUGAUGGAGAAGAAAACCCUGAUCUUGAAGGGAGAAGUGCUGGAGAUAUCACGGAGAAGAGCCUGCAUCAUACAGAUGAAUCUGAUGGAGAAGAAAACCCUGAUCUUGAAGGGAGAAGUGCUGGAGAUAUCACGGAGAAGAGCCCACAUCAUACAGAUGAAUCUGAUGGAGAAGAAAACCCUGAUUUUGAAGGGAGAAGUACUGGAGAUAUCGAGUGUGUCCCACAAGAUAGUCCAAUUAGUGAUGAAGAGAAAUCUGGUUCAGAAGAUAAAGAAGCAGAUGAAUCAAGCAGUGCCGGAAAAGAGGGAGCUAGUGAAGAGGACAAAUCAGAUUCAGAAGGGAGCCAAGCCAGUAGAAGUAUUUCCAGAAAAAAGGAGAAACCUUCUGAUGUUCGUGAUGCUGAAAUUUCUGAUGAUGAGCCUCUUAUGAAGUGGAAACAUCGAGCGGCGAAAACAAGCUCAAGACGGUAGGGUAAGCAGUUUGGCCAUAGUAGCAGUGACAAUAAGCUGUGGUGCUGUGGCAGGCUCCAUUGUCUUCUUCUGUCCAGUUAUAGGUGCCAAGGGUGAAAGAAGAUGGAUCCCAUUCAAUUCUGUAAACAGACUAAUAAACGUACAGAAUAGUUUCCUAGCAGCCAUGUGUAGAAUGUACAAUAGCAGUACACAUUCCCACGUUUAGGUAACCAGUGUUAGUGCAUGUUAGAAAGUGGGGUGAUAACAACAAAUGACUGUGCUAGUGGUAGAUGGUAGGGUUUGGCAUGUAAUUUGAGGUGUGGUGCAUCUUUUUGAUUGUUCUGAUUGGUAAAGAUGGGCCACAUGUACAGUUAUACGUGGGAAUAGAUGUAUGUUAGUAAUAUUGAUGUUUGAUUGCUAACGGCCAUGAAAGUGAUGAUCUUGCUGCUA